CUUCGUAUUUCAUUUCUCAAUACAAUGUUUCAAUGCUGUCCAAAUAUUUUUAUCGCAGUGCGUUUUCUGCGCAAGAAAUCAAUGCAGCACUUCUGCGAGCAAUUAUCGAUUGGACGCGUGCACGCGUCUCUCUUACAAAUGUACAUUACUCUAUAUCCAUUCACCGCUCUAAAGAUUGCUUUUACAAAUGUACACCACCCUAUAUCCGUUCAUCGCGCAGGCGCCAGUUUGGAUAUGGUUCUAACAGGUGCACUGUAAGCAGCCGUAAGCAGUGCCUCGUGUGCUUCCACAAAGAGAUCAUAUCGUAUUCCCACAAUAUGAUGACAAGAAGCAUCGAACUCCCUUACGCAAGCGAUUACAGUCUUCAAUUAGUCCGUUGGUUUUUAAUACCGAUCGGCGCGUGGCCGCGAAUGUGCACGGCGACGAAAGUGGAGAGACUCUCUUCGUAUGUGCACGUUUUCGCGUGCAUGUUUCUAAUUGCGAUCAUUAUGGUGCCGGGUCUGUUAUAUGUGUCGCUAGAAGAGAAAGAUAGCGAGACCAAAUUGAGAGUGAUAGGUCCGCUGAGCCACUGGAUCAUGAAUAUAAUCAAUUAUUGUCUGCUCGUCGCGGGCAGUGACGACAUCCGUAAAUGUGUCCUGCACAUGGAGAGGGACUGGCGGCACGUUCGCAAGAUCGAGGAUCGUCAGGUAAUGAUGCGACAGGCUAAGAUCGGCCGUUUCGUCACCGGGUUCUGCGCGGUGUUCAUGCAGAGCGGUACGUUCCUCGUCGUCAUACCGAAAUCGUUGUCACCCAUCACCGUCAUCGUCGGCAACGAAACUCUCUCAAUGCAUCCAAUGACCUGCCCGUUUUACACUGAACUGAUUGACACGAGAUUUAGCCCCGCGAAUGAAAUCAUAAUGAUUAUCGAAUGGCUUUCGUGUUUUAUAGUGAAUUGUGUUGAGGUGGGCGCUUGCAGUCUCGACGCGAUCUUUGCGACUCACGCGUACGGUCAGCUGAAUAUGCUGUUUUCAUGGUUAAACGAACUCAUCGUUGACGAAGAUAAGAGAAGUGAAUGCGCUCAGCAAAGGCUGGCUAUUAUCGUGGAGCAUCACUUGAGAGUGCUGAGUUUUAUAUCGCGCAUAGAAACCGCUAUGCGAUAUAUCUGUCUCGUAGAAUUGCUGGGAUGUACGAUGAAUAUGUGUUUACUUGCAUAUUAUUUUAUUACGAAUAUAGACUCAUUUGAUGCAGCAAAGUCAACGUCGUAUGUCGUUGUAUAUUUAUCUAUGGCUUUCAAUAUUUUUAUCUUUUGUUACAUCGGGGAGACUCUCACAGAACAGUGCAAAAAUGUCGGUGAAAGAGCCUAUAUGAUUAAUUGGUACGAAUUACCGAAAAAAACUGCUCUUGGACUUAUUUUGGUGAUAGCACGAUCGAGUAACGUUAUCAAAAUAACAGCUGGAAAAUUAUUCCAAUUGUCUAUCGCAACUUUCGGUGAUGUAAUUAAAACUUCCUUGGUGUAUUUAAACAUGUUACGAACGAUGAGAUCCGUUGCGUAAACUAUAAAUUUAAUAAAUGCAAGAAAUAUUUUUUUGUA